UAACGACUUGAACUCUGUAGGGUUUGGAAAUAAACGUAAUAAGGAACUGACGAAUAGAAAAUACACACAGAUUUGCAAAUUGCUAUGAGAAACGAAAAUAAAAAUGAAUGCCUCAGUAAAGGUUAACGAACGAUUGGCAAAAUUGAUUAUUGAUUCGAAGCAAGAAAACGAGGAGCUUAAAUCAUCGCUGCGAAAUAGCAAAUCGAAUUGUACCGGUGAACACUCGGGUACGACCGGGGACGAUAAAGGAUAUCAAGAGAAAUUUGAGGCUUUGGUUAAAAUAAAUCAUGGCUCGAAGAAGGAUUAUGAGGAAAUUCAUAUGAGAUUUGAAAUGCUUCAAGGGGGGAAGAGGUUACUGGAAGAUGAGGAAAAAGAAUUGAAGAUACGGAUUAAUGAACUUGAAAAGCGCCAAGGACCUUUGGAGAGAGAACUAGCAAGAUUAGCUGGAGCUUUGUAUACGCACCAGGCUAAUGGCGGUGGUCUCUCGGAAGAGCAAUGUGAGAUCUUGAAAUCGCAAGUGAUCGUUUACAAGGAAGAUUUUGAGAAGGAAAGAGAAGACAGGGAACAUUUGAACGAAGAAAAGGAGAAAUUUAAACGUAAACUGGAAGAUGCUGAGGAAAUCAUCAGAAAAUUAACUGCAGAACUCGAUGCUUGCAAAGAUCGUGAAGAAGCUCGCAGAGGUUGGUCUGAGAAUAGAUAUCUGAGUAAAAGAGUGGGAAUCUCCCCCCGUCACCCGAUACAAGAGGAGUGCCAACACGGAUAGAGCUAUUAUAAGAGGAGACUGGACCCAUUGGGCAGUAAAAACAUAUCGUAUUGCGGUAUAUAGCACACAUACUAAACUUGUAAGUAAUCUUAUUAAUUUCAAGCACUGUUGU